GCGGGGCAGACCCGUUGCCAUUCCUAAUCAAGAACACGGUGGUUUUCCAUCGCUCCUCUCUGGCUGUAGCGCCGCGCCAACGACGCCUCGUCCGUUCGCGAACUCGUCUUGUCCGUCCGAGUCCAGCAGCUCGCCAUGUACUUCCUCACCGACGUCCGCACGUUCCCGUCUGCACCUUUCUGCACCGUCCGUCUCCGUACGUCCUCGCCUCAAGUGCGUCGCCUCGGUCUUCCUCCGCGUCGGCCAGGUCCAAGGCGUGGGUUUUCUUCACCUGCGUAUUCAUGUUCAGCACAAGCUCAUCAGCAAUGCAUUGCCGGAUCUGCGUCGUCUCAUCGUUGCGGCUGGCCGGCCACUUGGUCCGGGUCUUCCUCUUGGUCCGCUUAUCAAGGGUCGCAGCUGCUGCCUAUCAUAUUCUUGCAGUAGCUCAUUUGCCGGGUCCCAUCGUCAGCGCCACCUCUGCAGUUCGCCAUCCCAGUCAGCAUCCAAUCAGCCUGGGUCCCGUUCGUCAGUCUCCUAGGCUAGCUGCUACCUUGCGCUUUGCUUCUUCACGGAUAGGAUCACGAAGUGGUGUUGUGAGAUACGACAAGUUCUUCUACUGCUUUCCACAGGCGAGCCCUCUCUCUUCACCUAUUUUACUCUCUCCCUCGCACUGCUAUCCUUAUGUUGCGAUUCUUUAUCGAGUCACGUGUCCUAUUCCACUUGUUUACCAUAAUAAUCCUAUAUGUAUCAUUCCUUACCCAUAGCUGUUGCUUGAUGUUUGAGCCUUGCGAGUUGUAGGCGUGUUUAGGCUCUUUUGUUUAUCUCGAUCUGUUAUCGGGAUAUGUUGGGUUGUUGGGAGGUUAUCACAUGCUAUAUCAGUUGUUGGAGAUACACAUGAUUUACUUAAUUGUUAACAACUAAAAUUGUAAGCAGAGGCAUCUGUGAGCCCCUUUGCGAAAGCAUCGGAACUUUGACUUGCUAAUGUCCCCUAGGACCCGAGUUCUUGUUAUCUGUUCCGAGAUUGAGCGCUCUACCCGUACGUGGGGGAGUGGGACCCCCAUCACCCACUACCUUUCCUCGAGUCUGUUUAUUGGGAGCCACAACCUUGGUUUUAUUUGCCCAUAUGCACGAUAUGCACGAUUUACUUCUUGUUGCCUUCGGGUGUUUAUUUCUGUACUGUACUCAUAACGCGGAUAGACUUAUCUUGUGCCUGGUCGUAAGUGCCCGCCUGGACUAUGUCGCAAACCUCUGGGUCCGUAUCGGAGUACGGCCGAACUUCGUCACGGGUAGCUUAGUUGGGUGGCUCCCAUUAAACUUUCUCUUGCAUUGGGAACGGUCUUGAUGUGAGACUCCACCUGUAGUAAGUGGGUUCGAGCAUGCGUAUGGUUACAUUUGGGCAACCCUGCAGGGUGUACAUCUUAUCGAUAAGCCGUGUCCGCGGUUAUGGACGACUUGGAAUUGUAUGGCUUGAUCAUAGAACAACUUACACCGCUCUUGUUGAUAAUAAUUUGUUAAUAACUUGCGUAGUAAUAUAGCAUUACUACAACCGAUACCUAAUAAAACUUAUCCACCGUUGAGUGCCUUUUACAUUGCCUCUUCGCAAUUUUUGAAGGGGAUAUGUGUAAUCGGCUGGGUUAUGUUUGUGUAGUAUUUAUCUGUUACCUUGUGCGCUCUCUUAUCUUAUCUGAAUAGACGGAUGUUGUAGCGUGUCUCUAUUGGUUAUAGUUAUGCUGCCGCUAAACCUACCAUAUAGCCCCCGGCGAUAUAUAUAUUAUACUCGCCCGGCGAGCAUAGCCAUUUCUAGUCUCGCUAAGUACGUGCCGGAGUUCGUUCCUUGGUACUUACUCUCGCCUUUUCCCCUUUCUCUUUUGCUUCCUCCCUCUUGUCGGCAACCGAUGGCCCGACUUUGACAGGUACAAGAUGACGACGUUAGCAAGGUUACCCUUCCGUCUUGGCCUGGGCAGGGUUAUGGACGCCACUGGUUAUCUUCAGGACUCUUAGUCCAAUUUGUAUCUUGUCCGUACUCGGACGUAUUUGAUCUUAUGUAUGAUUUGGAUCUUUGUAUUGUAUAUUUGUAUCUUGACUCGUUGGAGUCAUUGUUGUAAUAUAUGUAUCUUGUGGGCUC